CGUGAAACUACGUCUCGUCGGGCCGUUCGUGCCACCCAUGUGCAGACCACUGCUCCCACACACUCAAUCGAGUCCUAGGGACCACUGUUAUUGGCAGACGUAGAUAGGAGCAUCUCACGGACGUCCGAAGGCUACUGGCGGCAUAAGGGAAGCAGCAUAGGCAUUUUGCGACCUUUCAUCGUCUACCAGUACUAUCACCAUGUCCCAUUCUCUGCUCCUCGAGAAUAUGUUCCGCCUCUCAGGCCGAGUAGCCCUUGUAACAGGCGGCGGCACGGGUAUCGGCUGGAUGAUCGCGGAAGGUCUCGCUGUGAACGGUGCGAAGGUGUAUAUCACUGGACGUCGCAAGGAUGUACUGGAGAACGCGGCCAAGAAGUUCGCAGAUCAGAACAAGGGCAAAGGUUCGGUUGUGCCUCUGGUGAUGGAUGUAACAGACAAGGCUAGUAUCGCUGCUGGCCAGAAGGUUGUCCAAGCGAAUGAAGGCAAACUCCAUAUACUCGUGAACAAUGCAGGCAUCAGUGGACCCUUGACGCCCUGGUUCAACGAUACCUCUGCCCCACAGCACAAAGACCCCGAGACCCUAGGGCAAGCAUUCUUCGACAGCGCGUCCUACGAUGACUGGUCAUACGUUUUCGGCGUGAACACGUUCUCCGUCCACUUCCUGACGACCGCGUUCCUCGGCUUGUUAGCCAAAGGCAGCGAGGAUGAGGAACUGUACACAUCCAGUGUCAUAAACAUCACGAGUCUCAGCGGGAGCAACAAGCUCGCACAGAACCAGUUCGCCUAUAAUGCAACCAAGGCGGCCGCCACACACCUCACCAAGAUGUUUGCGACGGAGCUCGCACUGAAGAAGAUACCCGUCCGCGUGAACAGCGUCGCACCCGGCGUAUACGAAUCCGAAAUGACAUACCCGCAUAUUCCCCCGGAAGACGUGGACAAGAUCGGCAAGUCCAUCGUACCCAUCCCCGCGCGUCGGGCUGGAAGACCGGAAGAAGUGGCUGGGACGGUCAUCUACUUGGUGUCUCCCGCAGGAUGUUACACGAAUGGCCAGGAAAUCAUCGUUGAUGGAGGAUACACUGCUGUGAACCCAGCUGUGUGACGCCGGUGAAAUGAGCGCUAUAGCCUUGUUGUAGGAUACGGCAAGUGGUGGUGUAUACGCACGAACGAACGUAUCACAAUUGCAUUCGGCCCUCAAGGCCUCAAAGUCUCAGGGCUUUGACUAAGUCUGUUGCAGAACGCAACCUAGACAC